GGCCGUUAGUAUGCGCUGAGAUACAAAGCAGGCAGGAUGUCGAAGCUUGGCCUAAUGUUUAUCCUACUUGUGUCCGUGAGGCUUAGCCAGGGCAAGCCUUUGCCACUGCCGGCGGGAGUGUACGAUCCGGAGGAGGCAGGUGGCUUCGCCGGUGGAGAUAUGAUUUUGACCGAGGAGCAACAAGCGAACUUGCAGAAUGGACCCAAGGAGCGCAACGGGCUCACCAAUACGCAGAGGAGGUGGCCCAACAAUGAGGUGAUCUACAAAAUUUCGGACGACUUUGACGCCAGUCACAGGGAGGCGAUUCUGAAGGGUGUGCAAACCUUGGAGCAAAACUCGUGCGUCACGUUCAGGGAAGCCACCGACCAAGAUACGGCUUACCUGACAAUAACAGCAAAUGCUGGAGGGUGCUACACCGAUGUGGGCUAUCGCGCAGCACCGCAGGAAAUGAACCUGGAGAUCUACCCGAUUGGGCAGGGCUGCUUCCGGCCCGGAACCAUUCUGCACGAGUUCAUGCACGCCUUGGGCUUCUACCACCAGCAGAGCUCUACGAUACGCGACGAUUACGUGAACGUGGUCUACGACAACAUAGUGCCCGGCAAGGAGUUCAACUUCCAGAAGUACUCCGCCGCUGUGGUGACCGACUUCGAUGUGGGCUACGACUACGAUAGCUGCUUGCACUAUCGUCCUGGUGCCUUCUCCAUCAACGGCGAGGACACCAUUGUGCCGCUAGACUCCAGCGCCGUGAUAGGCCAGCGCCUGGGUCUUAGCCCUAAGGAUAUUGAUAAGAUCAACAUCAUGUACAAGUGUCCCAUUCUGCUGUGAUCCGGAAAGGGUUAGACGUUGUACCAAUUGUGAUAUGUAUUUCACCGGCUGAGGCGAUUAGAUCGGUUUUAUGAUCCACGCUGUCAUUGUCAGUGCCAUUGUAUUUAUAGAAAUCUUAAUUAAAGCCAUAACUCUCCAUGA